UAUUAAGCCGUUACUUUUCUGACCGAAUUUGUUUACUGUUGUCUGUCAUAUAAUCGUCUACGGUGCAGGCUGUACUGCUGCGGCUGUUGUAUAGAAUAAGUUAUCACUUAUCGUCUAUCACUCAUCAAUCCAUAGUUGCUCUAUGCGUCACUCAGGAGGAGUAAAAGGACGGUGAUCAAAAUUCAAAAUCGAUGUCUAUGAUAAACUGAAUAUACGCAUGUAUAGUGACUACUAUUUAACCAAGUCAAACUUCACUGGAGCGAUCACGUAUUCAAAUAAUUGCAUUAGAACGACGAAAUCUUUUUGUUAAAAUAGUUUUAACUGUAAAAUCAUCGAAAAUGUCCAACGUAUGUCUUCUGUGUGAGAAACCAGUUCUCAAAUAUUCCAUCUCCAAGGUGUCUUUACACGCAUUUCCAUCGUGUCCGAAAAAACGGCAAAUCUGGCUCAACCAGUGUAAAUUAGCCAACGAAAAAAUCUUACCAAACCGUAAAAUAUGUUCAAUUCACUUUGAGCCAAGAUGUUUCAACACUAGUGUAAAGAGGCGUGUACUCUAUCGUGAUGCUGUACCAACAAUUUUUGGAAAUGGCCAUGCAAAAACAACAAAUUUGCCAUUAAAAAUUACAAAAGGAAGACCAAAAAAUUGCACAAAGAAUGGGAUUGUUGUGCAGAAGAGUAAGUCACUUAUUUCAUUACCAAAAGCUGCUAAAAAAGUGGUUGCCGACCAAAAUCGUGAAUCACGUGCUGUUAAACAAAGAGCACAUUUUGAUCGUUUUAAUAGUAUUCUGGAUAGUGAAGUACACGAAAUUAAUGAGCUCAGAGACUUUCUUACUGAGCUAAAUAAGGCAAAAUCAUCACUUCCGUCACUAUUGGAACUUCUUCUAAGGAAAAAAAUCAUAUUGGGUAACUUGAUAUAAAUAUAAAUUGAUCAUAUGUUGAAGCACUUUAAGAGGACGUGAUACCCGCAUGUGUUGUAUCCAUCUUACAAGUGCAUAACAUAGUAAAUUAUACGCGAAGCAGAAGACGUGUAGCUCUGUUAGCUUAAAAAUUAGAGUAAAUUAACCUCUUAUGAAAUCUAAAGGAAAGAUUAUUAUCUAGACAAUCUCAUGAGCUUUUUAUUAUAUUUUAAUUUUUAAGCGAGUUAUGAGUACU